AUGAUUAACCCCCAUAGUUUAAGCUCUCUACUUUUCUUCUUCUUCUUCUUCUUCAUCCUCUUUUGUUUUCAUUCAUGUACACCAUCAGAAGCUAAGCAACUGUUUCAGCUGGAAAGAGGCCAUUCCCUAUCCGUUGAGGAUGCAAACUCAACUUUUCUAACCUCCCCAGACAACACAUUCACCUGUGGCUUCUAUGGACUGGGAAGCAAUGCUUACUGGUUUGCGAUAUGGUUCACAAAUUCCCGGGACAGAACUGUUGCCUGGGUGGCAAACAGGGCCAGGCCUGUCAACAGCAGGGGCUCCAAGGUGGUGUUCGGGAAAAAUGGAGCUUUAACAUUAACCGAUGUCGAUGGCAUCUCUGUGUGGGAGACUAAUACCACUGGCACUACUGUUAACACAGCUGAGCUGCUUGAUACAGGUAAUCUUGUUCUCAGGGACCCACAGGGUGAUGUUCUCUGGCAAAGCUUCGGUUUUCCCACCGAUACUUUACUGCCUUCCCAGCUCUUCACAAAGAAUUACAGGCUGGUAUCUGCAUUAAGGGAAGGGAGCUUUGAGCCAGGCUACUUCAGUUUAUACUUUGAUGGUGAUAAUGUGCUGAAGCUGAUAUAUGAUGGCCCGGAGGUUUCUGGUUUGUAUUGGCCAAACCCUGAUUUUGAUGCGUACACCAAUUCGAGAACCAAUCAAAACAGUACCAGAAUUGCUUUCCUUAAUAAUUUGGGGAGGUUUUUCUCCAGUGAUAGACAGCAGCAUAACUUAUAUUUAAAUGCUAGUGAUGCAGGCUCUGAGAUGAAGAGGAGGAUAACAAUGGAUGUUGAUGGGAAUCUGAGAAUAUACAGCUUGGAUGAUUCGACUGGGCUGUGGAAGGUAACGUGGCAAGCUCUUCAACAGCCAUGUGGGGUACAUGGAAUCUGUGGAAAAAAUGCUAUUUGUAAUUAUAGUCCAGAGCCCAAAUGUUCAUGUCCUCCAGGGUAUGUGUUGAGCAAUUCGAGUGAUUGGAGCAGAGGCUGCAAGGCUUUGGUUAAUCAAGCAACUUUAGUAACUCUGCCAGUCAAGUUCUUGGAGAUUCCUCAUGUGGAUUACUGGGGAUUUGAUCUCAACUAUACUCAGCCUUUCUCCCUGGAAGACUGCAGGAAAUUGUGUUUAGAGGAUCGGAGGUGUGUAGCGUUUAGCUACAGGCGAAAUGGGGAGGGAAAAUGUUUCACCAAAAGCACCCUUUUCAAUGGCUACAGAUCUCCAGAUUUUCCAGGAAGUAUAUUUAUAAAACUCCCCAGAGAUUUGGCAUUGCCAGUGCCAGAAUCAGGUAUCGUGAUUCUCAACCGUUCUAACUUGGUAUGCACAGAAGAUGCAGCAGAGAUUCUUGUUGGUUCUCCUUCAAUGUAUGAAGAGAAACCUAAAAGGUUCAGAUGGAUUUAUCUGUACUCGUUUUGUUCUGCAUUUGGUGUGAUUGAGCUUCUUGUUUUCUUGUUGGGUUGGUGGGCUUUAUUCAGCAAGCACGGGAUUCCAGCUUCGAUUGAGAAUGGGUAUUGCGUGUUAUCCAGUCAGUUCAGGAGGUUCACUUAUGCAGAACUCAAGAAGGCCACCAAGAAUUUCAAGGUGGAGCUAGGGAGAGGAGGCUCGGGUGCAGUUUACAAAGGCGUUUUGGUAGAUGGAAGGGCGGUGGCAGUGAAGAGACUCGGAGAUGAGUUUCAAGGAGAAGAACAAUUCUGGGCAGAGAUGACCACAAUUGGAAAGAUCAACCACAUGAAUUUGGUGAGAAUGUGGGGUUUUUGUGCAGAAGGGAAACACCGCCUUUUGGUCUACGAAUAUGUACAAAAUUCCUCACUGGACAACCACAUUUACACCUCAAAUUUUCUCGGGUGGAAAGAAAGGUUUGAAGUGGCAUUAGGCACAGCGAAAGGCCUUGCAUACCUUCACCAUGAAUGCCUGGAAUGGGUGAUCCAUUGCGAUGUCAAACCCGAAAAUAUACUUCUAACCGGUGACCUCGAACCCAAGAUUGCAGAUUUUGGCCUAGCCAAGCUUUCUCAAAGAGGCGACCCUGGUUCAUAUUUCACCAAAAUCCGCGGAACAAAAGGCUACAUGGCUCCAGAAUGGGCUCUAAACCAGCCCAUCACUGCAAAAGUAGAUGUGUAUGGUUAUGGUAUAGUGAUCCUGGAGAUGGUGAAGGGUAACCGCCUCUCGGGCUGGGUAGUUGAAGAAAGUGGGUACCAACAGGAAACAGAUAUAAAGAAAAUUUUCUGGUCAAUAAAACAGAAAUUUCUGUUAAAAGAUGAGAGUUGGGUGGAUGAUGUAGUGGAUAAAAGACUGGAAGGGAAGUUUUGCAGGAAUCAGGCUAAGACAUUGAUCAAGGUUGGUCUUGCCUGUGUGGAAGAAGACAGAAACAUGAGACCAACAAUGGCUUCUGUGGUACAAACUCUGCUUGAUUGUGAAGAUGAAAAAACAACACAAUCUCCAAAUGUUCUUUACAUCUAAUAUAAUCUGCCCAUUCUUCAAUGUAUAAGAAAUAUCUCUACUUUUUCAUCUUUUUCUACUCAAAAUAUGCAUGAUUUUUGUUUCUACUACUGCAAAUCUGUAAUAAGACUGUCUCCUCUGAUCCUCACUUUAAA